UGUUGACCCGGCGAAGUUAAUCAGAAACCACGUGAUCAUGUUAGCGUCAGGCUACGGAAGUAGCAUCAAUCACGGAUGCAGAAGGUGGGAGACAGGUGAACCUGGCGGUCAGCAGGUACACCGGGCCAGUUAUGUUGAGGUGAAACAUGGACUUCCUCACCUUGUUUGGGAUCUACGUCGCGGUAGUGCUAACCUGUAUGUUCCUAGUGUGUAAAUACUCCGGCCAGCAGCACAGCCCCUUUAACACUCUGCACAGUUAUGUUACAAAGGUGGUCGCACCGUUUACUCCUCAGUGGCUGCAGAGGUUUUCACACUGGAUCGUCCACAGACUCUUCCAUCAGAGGAGCAGCUUGUUCAUUUACCUGCACAUCCUGCUGGAAGGCGCCGUCUUCGCUGAGUUCAGCUUGGAGGUGUUUGGUUUCUGCAGGGAGAUGGACAGCAGUCUGACCAGCCUGUCGGUUCCUUACAUCCUGCUGGCCAUCAAGACUUUCUUCUUCUACCUCUGCAUCAAGACAGACCCAGGAACAGUCACAAAGAAGAAGGCCUCCAGCCUGACUCCCAUCUAUCCGUACGACAGGCGGCUGUUCCACCCUGGAGUUUCCUGUGAAACGUGCCAACUUAUCAAACCGGCACGCUCCAAACACUGCAGAGUCUGCAACAGGUGCGUCCAUCGCUUCGACCACCACUGCGUCUGGGUCAACAACUGCGUCGGCGCCAGGAACACGCGCUACUUCCUGCUGUACCUACUGAGCGUGUGCGGCAUGGCGCUGGCCAUCGGCCUGCUGACGGCGGACAUGUUGCUCCACGCCGUGCUGCGUUCAGGGAUGCUCAGAGCCAGCUACGUCGACGAGCGCGGCCAGCAGCAGCCGGCCGGGCUGCUGUUCAUCAUUCAGCAUCUGUUCCUGACGUUUCCGCGGAUCGUCUUCAUGCUGGGCUUUGUGGUCUUCGUCUUCUUCGUCCUCGCCGGUUACACGAUGUUCCACUGCUUCUUGGCUCUGGUCAACCAGACGUCCAAUGAGUGGUUCAAAAGCCGAGGCCUGGCGUGCCGCCGCUGCCGCCCGGCGCCGCAGGCUGACGGCCUCUGUGGCCCCGCCCCCGACCGGUACUGCUACAGCCGGGGGCUGCUGGGAAACCUGCGGGAGAUCUUCUUCCCUCCGAACGCCAGCCAGAAGAAAGGCAACUGAGGAAGACUCAGCCAGCCUUCGCCAGUGGAGCCGGGACAGCCCGGCGCUGUAAACUCAGAUUUACCCGCUGAUGGCGGACAUGUUGCUCCACGCCGUGCACGCUGGGCUUCACUAAUGACCCGGCAGAAACCAAAACAAACUUUAUACACAGGAAGUUGCUUUUAUGGGUCUGAUUUAAUUCAGUUCUGUUUAUUGUUAAGUGUCAUUUUCUAGUUGCCAAAUAAAGAGGUCUUCAACAUGGGGGUCACAAACCCUAUGGGGGCUUUGAGAUUUC